CUGUAGCUUUAUUUUUGUUUAGGUUUUUUGGUUUUUGGGUAAUAGGCUAUUAAUAACCCUAAAGUUUCCAAGGAAUGUAAAAUACUUCUUUUUCUGAGAAUAUCUUUCUUACAAAUGGAGUAUUUUGAGUGAAAGUGAUUUGUUCUGUUUUGUUUUGAGAUAAGGUCUCACUGUGUAGCUCAAACUGGGUCCCAAACUCACAGUGAUCGUCCUGCCUCAGCCUCCUGAGUUUUGGGGUUAUAGGCAUGCCUCACCAUGCCCUGCUAAGUUAGUGAUUCCUGUUUGUUUUUGAGAUGAGAAUUCACUGUGUUGCACAAUGCCUUAUGUGAUCCUCUUCACCUCACCUGACUAGCUGGGAAUACAGGCAUGCACCAUUAUGCCUGGCAAGUUGCAGUAGUGAUUUUUAUAUUGGUAAGGUGGUUUCCUAUCUAAAGUAAUUCAUAAUCCACCACUGUUCAAAAUACCUGAGAGUAAUUUCACUGUGAAUUCCUGAGACAAAAAAUUUUAAUUCUUACUUCAAAUGAAAGGUCAGAGCUUUAAAGUUUCAAAAACUGAUAAAGGAUCUAGUCUGGAAACCAACUCUUUGCUCUUUGCUAUAUGUUUCAUUGCAGUAAUAUUGUCAGAGCUUUGGGCCAGCUAGGUAGAUGUUCAGGGGUAAAAAUUUUUAUGACUUUUUUUCAGGGACCUGCAAGCAUUUAGGAGUACUGUACUCAUUCAGCAUUCUUUAUAUGCCCAGUACAUAAUAUUAAGUAUUGAAGAUACAUCAUCUGCAGAGGAGAAACAACUGCCUUUGAGGAGAUUUACAAUCUAAUAAGAGAGACUGGUGAAUCAUCCACCAAUGCAUUGUGAUCAGUACUGAGGGAGAGAAGAACAGGACCAAACCCGUCUAAGCAUUUUAGAAACAUUUAGGCGAGUCAGUGGUACUAUAAAAUGUAAAGUGCAUGGGGCCAGAUAAAGGAGGACCUCGUAUAGUUUUUUUUCCUCUGUAAUGCUGGGCAUUGGAUCCAGAGCCUUGCAGAUGCUGGGCGUGUGCUCUACUAUUGACCCAGGUCCCUAGCCUUUAAUAUUCCAUCUUCAUUCAAUAGUCUGGGCUACUAUUGAAGGUUUGUAUUUUGGAAUAAGAUGUUUCUGUGUUCCUGUUGAUUAAAAUACCACAUUAAUGGCAUGAAUGGUGCUGACAACCCCAUCUUCUCACUGGCUUCUCACUAUAGGAGUUUCCUUGCUUUCAAAAAAGUCCAGUUUUAGGCAGGCUCCAAGUUUCCAAGACCAUAUUCAUGCCUUACUAUAACACUUGUUUCAUUAGAAUUUGGUAAGAUUUUUUUGGUAUCAUUUUAGUAAAAUACUUAAUACUUAGUCAGAAGAUUUACAGUCAUUGAUUUGGCCAGAUUGGUUUAAGAUGGUGCCCAAACUUUAUUUCUAUUACCAGUAUAAUUUCCCCUACUUUGAGUUGAAAGGAGAAUGCCCCUCUGACCAAGCUUGUUCACUCAGGUAUCUCCCAGAAUUAUGGAACUCUGAGAUGUACACUAUUUCCUGUGAACUCAUGCGGGGCUACAGUCUACAUUCUUUGUAUGGUUUGGAAAAACCACACCUUAAGGAUGAAAAGAUAAUGAAAUAUAUAAAGGAAUCUGGUUGCUAGGGAGAUUGAGCUGACUUUCAAUUCUGACUGCAUUUGGGCUGCUAUAGCGAAGUUCAGACUGAGCGGCUUAUUCACAGACAUUUGUUUCUCAUGGUUCUAUAUGCUGGAAGAACCAAGAUCAGGGUGCCUAGAGAUUCAGUGUUUGUUGAGGACCUGCUUCACAGAUGGACAACCAUCUGUUCUCUGUGACCCCCCACCCAUGGUGGGUCUCUCUGGGUCUCUGGGUCUCCAUAUAUAUAUAUAUAUAUAUAUAUAUAUAUAUAUAUAUAUAUAUAUAUCCCAAAUUAGGCAACUGAAUCAAAUUUCUCCAUAAGGUCAACAUUGAGCCUAUCCAUUGAACUGGAUUCAGUUCAUUUCUCAGGUUGAGAUCAGAAUCAUGGACAGAAUUAAGUUCAUGAACUGAGGGACCACAGUGUAUCAAUAGAAGAUAACAAUUAAUGUGGGAUAUAUAUAUAUAUAUAGGAUAUAUAUGAGAAUAUACAUUAUCUUAUAUAAUAACAUAAGUGUGUUUUAAUAAAAGAGGCUCUGGAGAGAUAUCUUGGUAUAAAUACAUAUUCAUAUAUGUACGUAUUCCUAUUUUACAAAAACUGGGUUUCUUGCGGUAUUUUCAUGCCUGCAUAUAAUAUAUACUUCAGUCAUGUCCAUUUGUCCUGUUGAUCCACCCACUCAGCCUCUUGGACCUUUAUAAAGGCACUGAUCCCACCCUAUGACUUCCCAAAGGCCCUAUCUUUUAAUGUCAUCACGUUAGGAUUUCAAUGGGUAUAUUCCUGCUACUUUGCAGCAUGUUCUGUUGGUGCUGCUGAUUAAAUAACUACAUGAAAGUCAGAAAAUACAAAUCUUGGGAAAAUAAUAGGACUUUGUGGCAACAGGAAUGAGAAUCUGGCUAAAAAGGGGGUUAAUAACAGCAGUGGGUAUGAAAGUGCUUUAUGGAGCUCUACAGUUGUUGACUUUUUUUGAAUUCACUGCAUUAGCAAAUGAUUUUUUAUUUUUAUUUUUUAUUUUUUUUUUGAGACAGGGUCUCGCUGUGCAAUUUAGGCUGGUCUUGAACUCACUUUGUACCCUAGGCGGCUGUUCAACUUGCAACAGUCCUCUUGCCUCAGCCCCCCCAGUGCUGGGAUUACAGUUGUGCGCCACCACACCCGGCUCAGUGAUCUUAUAUUUUAACUCAUAUUCUCAGUUUUGGUUUUUCCCGAUCUUUUUUUAGUUUUAUUUUUUAUGUUUCACUACUCUCAGUAAGUGGAAUGCAAAGAAAAAUGCAUACAAUGUUCUGAGUGGUUAUUGCAACAAAAGUGAGAAUAUAGAACCUAAUGAAACAAAGACUGUCAGUAAUGCAAAUGGACUUGGAAAGAAAAGUCCAGAUUCCAUUUUUGGAUGUGGUUAUAAGUUAAUGCUGGCUGGACCUAUAAAAUUCUAAGCACACUUUUAGUAGUUUACUACACGGUCAAAGACUUGGUUACUCAGAAUAAUCCUAAUCUGUUUAGGACACCAGUCCUUGCACAUUUAAUUCUUUGGAUCUGUUUCUUAGAUAAGAACAUGGGUAUCUAUGUAGAAAAAGGAAUACUCUAAAUCCCGUAGAAUAUCCAGUUGUUGAAGAUCUUGUCCGGUCAUUGCCAGCUCUCUUCUCUUCUGGUCUUUGUGGUUAAUAUAGUACUUGUUUAAGAAAGAAGCAUGAUUUAGUUCCAGCUCUUUGACCAUUGAUCAUUUUAGCUUUCUAUCUUACUGGAAUAAAGAACAAUUGAAAGUUUUUAAAAAAGUAUUUACUGAAUUUUGGAGCAGUAAACUAAAAUAUUUCCAGAUACUAGUUAUGUAUGCAUUUGUGAGGUGCAGAUCCCAUUUGUAGAUUAAUUCUAAGAAGCAGAAGGGAUGGAAGUAAGCUCUUAAGAGCUCAAAAUUCAGUCCUAGGUGACCCUUCUACUUCAGCCUCUUAAAUAGCUGGAAUUAUAGGUAUGCUGCAUAUGGCUUCUAUAUUUGAUUUUUAAACUUUUAUUUACAUUUUCAUUGUAAAAAUGAUCAAAUAUAAAAAUGUUAAAGGUAAAAUGUAAAUGUGAAUGUUUCCCUUCCUAUCAUACCCUACGGGAGACCAUUGGGUUUCUUUUUUUUUUGAGACACCUUGAGACGGGGCCGUGCUACGUGGUCCAGGCUGGCCUUCAGUGCACUGUGUAGCCAGGGCUGGCCUCAGACGUGGUGGCCAUCUUUCUGUCUCAGACUCCCACGUAGUAGAAUUAUAGGCCUGUGCCACUAUUCCCCCGCCUGUUGUCAACGAUUCUAAUUUUUUUAACACAAUUUUUAGGUAACCUUGUUCUUGUCCUAGGAACCAAGAUGCAAAUGAUUUCUAGUCAAAUGAUACCAUUUUAUCCAAAAUUGAGAGUAUCUUUAAGAAAGCCAAGCCAGAAACUCUAUUUUCUGGAGGACAAUCACCAAGUUAUCCAAUUCAAAAUAAUUUCCUGGUUUUUGUAGUGAUGGCUUAACCCACUUCACCACACCUAUCCCUGCAUCCCUAUAGUCUGUUCUUAUGGUAACAACCGUAAGGAUCUUUUCAGAACUUUUUAUGAAUUUUAUUUUCUCAUUACCGUACUUCCUGUGAUACACAUUCAGUAGUAACGAAGAUUGAAUUCCAGGGCCUUCACACUGUGCUACAUCCCCAGUUCCCUCACCGUAUUUUACUUACUUUGAGAAAAGGUUUCUGUUGCUUAAGUUGCCGAGGCCAGUCUUACAUUUAUGCUACUCUUCCCUAGCCACCUCGUACAGGAUUGUGCCGCCAUGCCCAGCAGACCAGCCGUACCUUGAUGAAACUCCCUUUUGCUCUUUGUACCCUACCAUACUGGCUGCCUUACCAUUUUUUAGUAAAUGUAGUUCUUAAUUCCUUGAGUAACACUUCUGUGUGUUCUCCACCAUACCCUGUAGCUAGCUUCCAUUCAGCCUUCAGGAUUUAGUUCAGAGUUCCAUUGUUCAGGGCAAUCCCUUUGUGAGCCAGUAAGAAAGGUUAUCCUAUCUCCCAACCUCGUUGCUUUAAUAUAUUUCUUUGUGGCAUAAAUUUUUUGUCAUUCUUGCUUAUUUGGUCAAAGUACUUGCUCCAGUUAGUGGUUUGUUUUGCCCUGCUGGUGUUCAAACCCAGGGCCUUCUGAGCUAACCGUGUGCUCUACCCGUGACCCAUACAUCAGUAUCUUAGUAGGACUCCUGGCAUGUCAUUGGCACUCAUAAUUAUUUUUUGAAUAAAAUUCCUUCUUGUAUAUCAUCCUAACCUUUUCCAUAGUUAUCUUUAUUUUGACUGAUAAAACAUUUCACAAAAAGUCUCUUGUCUUUCAAAAUCUAUGUUGGCCUCAAGUCUAUAUAAUAUGACUUGUGUGUUGCCUGAAACUUUUGUUCCUCUUGUGUUUUCUCUCCCUUUGUUUGUAUUCUGACCUCUUCUACUUCAUAUAAGCUAGCAGUCCUGCCUGACAGUUUUAUUCCCCUUCACUGUUCCUUCCCCUCCACAGAGAAAAGAUGUGUUCACUCCUUGUCUUUCAGACCUCAGAUUAAGUUUCCUCGGACAGGCCACUGCAGCUGUCUUCUGACCACGUGUUUAGCAGGGUCUGUUCAACCCUCCACUAGGCCACGAGCAAAGCUUAUCGCUGUAUCUUCAGUAUCUGACAUGAUAUAAUCGUAACAUUGAAUGAAGUAACAUCUUAGUCAACUGCAGCUAGAAAAAAAGGUUAGGUUCAUAAAAAUCCAAGUCAUUCUUGGGCAAGACAAUCUUAAGCAUUCAAAUGGGCAAUUCAGUUAAUGUUGUUGAAGAAAUGAAUCAACUUAAAGUUGGUCAGCUCAUCCACCUGGUUAGAGUUUUACUUGGAGUUUAUUUCAACCUUGCAGGCUUGUGCAAGCACAGCCCCGUUCUCAGUAAAGUGUUCUGUGGGAUCCUUAUUAAAAUUUUUAUAUGACAGAAAAAGAUGACAUAGCUACACGGGUUUCAAACCAAGUUUAUAUUUUACAUGCUGUAUCAUGCAUAGUAUUUUGGGUUACAUGCUUUUCCGUAUUCAAAAGGAUACAUCCUUUCAAGAUCCAAUGAUUAUCAAAAAGCAUUAGUACUAAAUUUUAAAUGUAUGAGGUAUUUUUGUUAUCAAAGGACCAGAAGAAGGCAUUUGUACUUAAUAAAUUAGGCCUGGAUCUUAAAUGUCUUAAAAGUAUUACUGCCCGGCAUAAUUUGUCAAUGAGGAGAUUUCAGAAUAGAGUUUUCAGGAUCCCAGGGAGAAAGGUCUGUUAAGCACCUGGACUAGGUAGAGGCAGAAAUGAUUUUUCAAUUAGGGUGUGAAUAUGGCAAGCUUUUAGAACAUUUCUUAACAGCUAUAAUUAGUCGAGUAGCUAAAGCUCACACCUGGUUUUAAUCAACUCCAGAGAAAAUUACACUUUAACCCUCAAUUAUCUGAUAGCCAACCUUAAUUACAAACUCUGCCAACACAUCUAGGAAGGCAAGCAAGCCUGGAAGUCUGAGAGCCCUGUUCCUCUAAGAUGAUUUUCUAGAUAUUCUCCUGCAGUUAGCUGAUACUCUGGAACACUAUGGAACCUUGCUUACCUUCCCAUAGAAACGACGUCAGAGAGUGACUAUUUAAUAUUUAUUUUAUUUUCCUGUGUUCCCUUAAGAACUGAUAAAAAUUAGCCCCAAAUAUCUCUUCAGCCUUUAUAAAAGUGCUAAUGAAAACAUUGUGGAAUAAUGAGUAACUUAAAUGUAAGUAUUCUUAAAUUUAGUGUUAGAAAAACUUUCUCUUUAAUACCUACUUACAGUAGGUAAUGGAACUGCAUUAUUUGCUUUCCUUUUGCUUCUGUCGCUAGGAGACUCAAAACUGAACUUUGCUUAAUUAGAUUAACUGCUUGUAGUCUAGGUUUUGCAGAAUAUAUCUUUUUAGUGAGUUUUGAAGUACUUUAGUUGGCUUACAUUUUCUUGUGUAUUUUAGAUAGAAUUUACAUGUAAUAAAAUAUCUUAAGUAUUUGGAGCAAUGAAUUUGGAGUUUCAUGCAUCCAUGUUAUUCUUUUGUCUCCCUUUCCUGUCAAUACUCCAUCUGCUGUAACUGCUUCCUGGUUUCUGUGAUCAUAGAUUAAUGUUUUCUGUUUUUUAAUUUAAUUUUAAUAGAAUCAUACAGUGUGUAAUCUUUUUUUCCUGGCUUUUUUCUCCACUCAGAAUGUUUGGACCUUCAUCCCUGUUGCAUGAGUCCAUAAUAGUUUCUUUGCAGUUGCUGAGUGUUGUUCUUUUUGUGCACAUACCAUGAUUUCCUCAUUAUUUCUCCUGUGUAUGGGUAUUUUGUUUGCAGUUUGGAGCUGUUAUGAAGACAGUUGCUAUGAACGCUCGUAUAUAAGUCUUUGUGGAAGGUCAUGUCUUAAAAUGUAUCCAGUAUCUUUAGUGUAAGCCUCAUCUUUUGGGGAGAAUGAUAAAAUAUAAAUGAUAAAUAUGGGAAAAUAUAGCAGUUAAGUAUUAGAUUUACAAUCAUAACCUCUAAGAACAACUUGUUUCCAAUUGUUUUAGAAUUAAAGCCCUUAUGUAUGCUUUCAAGUAUAUUAUGUAUGCUUGCAUAUUAUGUAUGCUUUCAAGUAAACUCAUGCAAUUUGCUUACCAUUUCAUUUAAAUUCCCUGCAGGUAUGUCCAGCCUGUGGACCAUGGGUUCGACACUUGGCUUGUCUGGGCUCUAUGUAAUACAGUUCAUGUAUAUAAGUAAUAAAAGUACUUUUUAAUGUAUCCUUUAUUGUAACACAGGCAUGUCCAGCCCGUGAGCCAGUGGUUGGUUCUGCCUGCAGGGUGGGGUGCUGUCUUUUCAGGCUCCCACGUGCCGUCCAGUCCAGUGCACAUUGUCAGAUCUGACGUUACGCAGAGCCAGCUUUGGUUUUCUUCCCCCGUGUAGCUUCCCACAGUUUCCUCAUCUGGACUCUUCCUCCCCACCCCGCUCUGCUGAGUCUAAAAUUGUUUAGUCAUCCUUGGUACCAGGAGUCUUCGUGAGAAAACGAGGCAAAGCUUGUCCCACUUCCUCUCUGAGCUUGUUUGUUCUCUUUUUUGCAUGAACCAUUUUAGGAUCAUCUGUGUGUAUUGAACUCUGGACCAUACAUGCUAACCAUGUGCUAUACCACUGACAAUGGUCUUUUUCAUAAAGCACUCACCUAAUCUGUUAGCAAAUUUGGCGCACUCUGUCUUCAAAAUAGAUUACCUAGAAUUCAAUCACUUCCUGCUCUCUACUGCUAAAAUACUAGUCCAAGACACCAUCAUCUUUUCUUUGGAUUAUUGCAGUACUCUGGUAACUGGUCUUGUUUCUAUACUUGGCCCUUAGGGUCUAGUCUCCAAAAGAAUAGCGUUCCUUCCUAAAUCUGAAUCACACCAUUGAGAAUAAAAGCCAGAGUUCUUCCAGUACCUGACCCAACUAUAAAUAACUGGCCUCCCAGAACCUCGCCUUACAUCAUCUACUUUUCUUGCUUCCCUAUGCCUCUGCAGGCAUGUGGGUGCCUCACUUUCCUUUGAACACACCCAAGAGCUUUUGCACUUGCUGUUUGUAGGCCAGGAAUUCCAUACCUACCUUCGCCCACGGAUAUGCCAAGGCUCAUUGCAGUGUCAAGUCUGCCUGGUUAUCUUUUCUAAAGUAAACCGCACCACACGCCAGCACUGACAGUGUGUGUAUUUGUACUGUAUUCCUAUUUUGCCCUUCCCUGGCCAGGUCAUGCAGAUUACUUCAAGUUCAAGAAUGCUAAAAAUGAUGCCUAGGACUUAGUUUCAGAUUCCUAAAAUUCCUAAAAUGGGAUGAUAGCUCAGUGGUAUAGUCAGUGUUUAGUAUGUAUGAGGUCCAGAGUUCAAUACUCAUUCCUAACACACACACACACACAAGACCUAAAAUGAUUUGUGCAAAAUGAGAAUAAAUAAGCUAAGGGCGAGUGGGACAGCGCUCUCUUGUUUUCUCAUGAAGAUUCCAGGAAUUAGGUCCUCUCCACAGCCCACACUGUGUGAGGUGUCUUCAGAACAGGGAACACAGAACUGUGGGUGCGGCUUCUUUUCCUACUCCUUCCUGACACAGCCAUUCACAACAGAGAUAGUGUGUACCACUUACCAUCGUGCUGCACAGUAAGUCAGAACUAGGCCUAUGCCCCGGAGUCUGGAAUAGGACUGUGCUCCUUAUCACACCUGUGCACUGAGACUUCAUCCUGUGCCCUAAGGGCCCUUUCUAGCUAUGAUCUAUCACACUGUCUUAUUUUUCUCCAUAGUAUAUACUUGUUUUUGUCUUUGUUCUCUGUCUCUCCAAGUAAGAUGGAAAUUUCUAAGGAAAAACUUUUUGUUUAGGCUGGAACCCCACCUGCAAGAUUGGUAUCUUAACACCUACUAAAUUGCUCAAUAAUUAUUUGCUGGAUUAAUUUCGUACAAUGUCUUUAACAAGAUUCUUUUCCAAAGUUGGUCUUAUUGUGGCUGCGAUGCCAAACAAAACUAAACCUUUUUGCUUUUUUUCUUUCCUUUUAACUUGAGAAAUGUAUCUGGUGGUUGGACUGGCCACAGGAACACAGGUUGCACACACCUCAGACUUGGUACUUAGUCAUGGCUAUGUUAAGAAAGAUGGCCAUUUUGUCUUCAUUAGAUAAAGAGGAAGAUCCAGUGUCUACCUUGGGUGUUAACAGUUCUGAAACACACCAGAGGGAAAAGUGGCAGAGUAUUGAAGUUCAGACAUUCACAAAUGAAAGUCCCCCUUGGGAUAACAUUCUGAGAAACAUCUUGUUCAAGUCUACACGUUUUGUUUGGGCUCUGGGUGAAUUCAAAUAGUGCAGUGACUCAAAAUAGAGAUUGAAAAUUUUUUCUCAUUUAGUCAUUCCAACAAAUAACUUUAAAUGUCUAGUCUAUCAAAUACUGACUUCAAAAACAUAAUUUGAACUCUAUUUUUUAAGUCCACAUUGGCACUAUGGUAAAGUAUUUUCUAAUAGAUAAUCCAGAAAAUCCAAUUUCCUGAUGGCCAGUAAGUAACAUGUAGUGAGACCCACAGAUGCAGAUUAUAGCAUUAAGCUCUGAUCUAAAAGAGCUUGCUUGCAAAUUCUAGCUAUCUGCCGGGUAUUGGUUGAAAGAAUAAUAAUGGUGGGUAUCUUUUUCUGCAAGUCACUUGCUUCCAGUGGAAGAAAAGAUGUUCACUGAUAAUACCAUUUUAAAAUUAUCUCACUUUGUAACAACUAGCACAUUACAUCAGGUUUUGGCUGGAAUUUUGAUUCAUAAUAGCACAUUUUGUCUACUCAUUUUGGAGUCAGGCAUACAGCUCAGGCUGGGAGAGUUGUGAAUCAUGUAUAUCUGAUUUGUCUUCCCCAGAUAUUUAAAACAGCAUGAUUAUAAAUAUGGUUCUUCCAAGCAUAAGGGUGUGCCACUCAGUACAUUCUGGUUAGAAAUAAUAAACAGAGAAAACAGACUAAUUGGCUUUUUAAGUAGCCAAGUAUACAUGAAGACAGAAUCUGCAAAGUCAGAAAUUUAUGUGGGUGCUGUGAAGGGCUUUGCUACAUUAAACAAAUCUAGUAGAGGUCAACUCUUUAAGUAUGCAGAGUUCGGCAAGGGAUGGAGAAUGCCAGAUGGUUGAUCACAAAGCCAUACGGAUGUGUAGAAAUAGGUACAGAUGCCUAUAAUCCCACUCACUAGUCAGGAGGCUGAAGCAGACGGAGUUUAAAGUUAGCCUAGGCUACAUAGUUAAGGCUAGUACGAACUAUGUAGUGAAACCCCAUCUCAAAAAACAAACAAACAAAUGUGUCUGCAGACUGGAAGAAUUUAAAACAAAAGUUAUGGGAGGGUGCAAACUGACGUUAAGAAAAACAACAGCCAACUUCUCACGAAGACACAAGGUAACAGGCCUAAAAUAAACUUCUUGACUCAGUGUUGAUCAUUUUGUCAAUUGAGUUCACUUAAAACAACAAACUUAAGAUAAGUUGUGACCUGUUGACCUGUUAUCUCUCAAAAAAUCAGUCCUUCACCAGAAAACAACAGUUCCUUUCUCCUGUGAGUCAUGUCACUUAGAAGCCUUGAGCUUUCUGGAACAAGUGCUAAAAAUCCAAAUUCCUGGCAAUGACUUUGGAAGGCAAUUGUGUUUUACUGACCCACCCAGCCACACUGAGACCCACCCUGCCAGGUCGGGAGGUACCGUUUAUGUGGGCCAGUGGUUUGUCAUCACAGCACAGGACAGGCAAAGGGCACAGCCGCAAGGGGUCAGGAUCAAGGGCAGUUUCACUCAGCAACCACUGCUUUUUGUAGAGAUCACAAUCAUCUUUUAAAAUUUGUUGUUUUUGUUUUUAGGCAGGGUCUCACUUGGUUUAGUUCAGGCUGUCUGUGAGCUCACUUGAACUGUGAUGAGUCUCCCACCUCAGGCUCCCACCUACUGAGAUUAUAGGCAUGCACCACCACCCAAGCCUUGCAUCUCUUUAUUUUUAUUUCUGCUGGAGUAUUUCAAGCAAACUCUAUCUAUCAUUCACCCAUGAUUGUGGCAAUAUCCUGGCUCUCUUUCCUACUGAGAAUUAAACCCAGGGUCUGAUCUUGCUUAGCAAGAGCUGUACCACCUAUAAACCUCUCUCCUUUUCUAAAUUUUAUUUUAAACCAGUCUAACUCAUGCUUGUCUUGAACUUUUGAUUCUCUUGCCUUUACCUCCUGCGUAGCUAGGAUUGUAGGCAUAUACCACCUAUACAAUCCCAAUAUUGCUGAACAAAAUUAAUAGUUCUUAUAAUCUGAUCACACCUAAAUCUGCGUUCAGAUUUUCUUGGUUUAAAAAUGACUCUUUUUUGUUUUGUUUUAUUUAAAUUGGAAUCUAAGCAUUGUGCACAUAAUGUGUUGUUUUGUUUUGUGGUUCCAGGGAUUGAACUCAUGACCUCAUGCUUGCCGGGCAGGCACUUACGCUGCUGAGCUAAAUCCCCAGCCCUUGCAUUAAAUGUUUUAAUCUAGCCAGACAGGCAUGGUGGCUCAUGCCUGCAAUCCCAGCACUUGGGAGGCAGAGGUAGGAGGAUUGUUGCAAGUUCAAGACCAGCCUGGGCUACAAAGUGAGUUCAAUGCUAGACUGAACUGCAUAGCAAGAUCCUGUCUCAGAAAGAAAAAAAAAACAGUUUUAAUCUAUUAGUUUCCUGGUGAAGAUAACAAGAAGUUAAGAAGUGCCACGUUCAGUCCGCCACCACUGGGGGACAGCCAAACCCCAGCUCCUUCUGGCACAUGGGCUGGGAAACUAGAAGAGCCAACCCACUCAUCCCACCCCAAGAGGCUGAUUUGGAGAAACAGGCUGCGAAGAUAGCUACUGAGGUGAAAUGCAGUUUGAUGCUUGUGGUGUUUGGUGUUUCACUGACUUUGCCGGUCUAGGGCUGGUGGUCUGAUCAUCUGUUCAGAGGCUCACAGGAGGCAGCGUAGCAUCCAUGGGGGCUCUCCUGGAGAUGGUGGCCAUUGUUGAUUCCCUGUUGUCUUGUUUUGAAGUCCUGUAUCAUUUUCAUUGUUUUGUUGCAUUGGGUUUUAUUCUGUUUUGUUUGAUUUUUGUUAUAUACGAUGGCAUGGGCAGCUAUUUUGAAGAUAAGAUACAUUAUGGUUGCCAUUUUGGAUUUCCUUUUGUCUUGUUCUGAAGUCUUAUAUUACAUUCAUUGUUUUGUUUUUAUUGGUUCUAUUCUAUUCUAUUCUUUUUUUUUUUUUAAACUAUGUCUGCAGCUAUUUUGAAGACAAGGCAUUAUGGUAACCUUUGUUGACUUCGUAUUUUGAAGUCCUGUGUCACUUACACUGGUUUGUUUUGAUUGGCUUUGUUCUGUUUUAUUUUGCUUGAUUUUAUUUUCUUUAAAAUAAAAAAACUAUGAGUUCCCUAUUUAUUUAUUUAUUUGAACUCAAGACCUCGUAGAAUACUAAAUAUAUUCUGUACCACUGAACUCCACCCUCCUCCCCUUUCUGACCAUUCAUGGAUUGUUCUGAUUGAAUUCUCAUGUUGUCCUUUUAAUGUUCCCAUAUCCUCUGCAGCUUUGAUAAAGAUAGUUAGAGCUGUAGGAGAGAAUCGAUUUGAGUUAUUUAUUUAUUUACUUGUUAGCAAGAAUACGUCAUUGGCUGUGCUUAAAUCUUUCUAUUGCAUCACAUUAUUAAGAAGUGAUGGUCAGCUUAACUAUUGGGUUUACAUAAUUAUGUAGGCUUAUAUAAUUUAUUUAAACUUCUUAAUUAUAAAUAUGAUAUUCAUUGUAGGAAAAUUAGAAAAUAUAGUUAGCAACAAAGAAAAAAUAAAAGCCACAUGUAUUCCCACAAUCCAAAAACGACUUCUGCUUGCAUUUGAUGGAUUUCUUUUCGCAUCUUUUUUCUGCUUUGAUUGGUUAGUCUUGAAACUUCCAUCUUUCUUUUCCUUACUAGACUUGUGUUGAUGUUUAAGUGUCAUCCAGUAAAUCUUUUGGUUAACUAGUAUUUUGUGGGUGGCUGUUACUUUUGUGAUUUUGGAAAGUGAGGAAGAAAAUAUAAUGUGAGUACUUGAUACGUAGCGGUUGCUUUUACAAUAUUUUGUACUUAUUUUCACAAGGACCUGUGAGAGAGCUAUUGUAUUAUCACUUUAUAACAAAGGAGAUAGAGACACAGGCCACUUUUAAUCUUUAAAUCUAAACAGUUUUGAGGUUUUCUAAGUCCAAAAUCCUAACAUUCAUUUCUUUCCUGAAUGUUGUGGGUCUGAUGUAAAAGAAGACAUUUUAACUAGUGAGUUAGGAACAUUCUUGAUAGGCAUGAAAAAAUGUAAAAUGCUUGAGAGGUUUUAUUUCAUAUUUAGCCAAGCAAUUCAUUUAGGCAUAUGAACAAAAAGUACAGAAAGUUCUCCAUUCUCAUAGAUUUAAUAAAAAGUUUUGUAUGUUUUCCAUUUUGUUUCUUACUGUUGAUUGUUUCUUGUAGUCCUGGUUGUUAUUUUUAACUUAAAUUGGGUAAAAGAAUGAAAAAGUAGACAAAUGCCUGUACUAGAAGACAUUAGUUUUGAGUUACCUAUAAAGCUUAUGUCAACACCAGUUCUUAGUUGCAUCGUUAAUUCAAGUUGCAGAGGAUGCUAAAAUUGGAAGAUGGCUUAAAGAGCACAUGCUGGGACGUCCACCAUGUGGAAUGAAGAGUCCAAAGCCCAGGGGUCGAGUAAUCUUCACCACAUCACCCAAGUGUGUUAGUAUCAAGGCUUGAGUUUGAAGAAACUGAAGAACCUGAUUUUACUGCAUUAUGUCAGAAAUUAAAGAUAGCAGAUUGUGUCAGAGAAAGAGCUUGGUUAACUUGGGAGAAAAUUUCGUCUGUGGAUGGAGUAUUGAAAGAUUAUAUUCAAAAGAAAAAGGAACUAUGGGGAAUCUGUAUCUUUAUUGCAGCUGUUGACCUAGAUGAGAUGCCAUUCACUUUUACUGAGCUGCAGAAAAACAUAGAAACCAGUGUCUAUAAAUUCUUUGAUUUAGUGAAGGAAAUUGAUACCAGUACCAAAGUUGAUAAUGCUAUGUCAAGACUAUUGAAGAAGUACAAUGUUUUGUGUGCACUAUACAGCAAAUUAGAAAGGACAUGUGAACUUAUAUAUUUGACACAACCCAGCAGUUCACUAUCUACUGAAAUAAAUUCUGCGUUGGUGCUAAAAGUUUCUUGGAUUACGUUUUUACUAGCUAAAGGAGAUGUAUUACAAAUGGAAGAUGAUCUAGUGAUUUCUUUUCAGUUAAUGCUGUGUGUGCUUGACUAUUUUAUAAAGCUUUCACCUCCUGUACUCCUCAGAGAACCAUAUAAAACAGCUGUAAUACCCAUUAGUGGUUCACCUCGAACACCCAGACGAGGUCAGAACAGGAGUGCACGGAUAGCAAAACAACUAGAAAACGACACAAGAAUUAUUGAAGUGCUCUGUAAAGAACAUGAAUGUAAUAUAGAUGAGGUGAAAAAUGUUUAUUUUAAAAACUUUAUACCUUUUAUGAAUACUCUUGGGAUAGUAACUUCUAAUGGACUUCCAGAGGUUGAAAGUCUCUCUAAACGAUAUGAAGAAAUUUAUCUUAAAAACAAAGAUAUAGAUGCAAGAUUAUUUUUGGAUCAUGAUAAAACUCUUCAGGCCGAUCCUAUAGACAGUUUUGAAAUGCAGAGAACCCCACAGAAAAGUAACCCUGAUGAAGAGGUAAAUGUGAUUCCUCCACACACUCCAGUUAGAACUGUUAUGAAUACUAUUCAACAAUUAAUGAUGAUUUUAAACUCAGCAAGUGAUCAACCAUCAGAAAUCCUGAUUUCCUAUUUCAAUAAUUGCACAGUGAAUCCAAAAGAAAAUAUCCUGAAAAGAGUGAAAGAUAUUGGACACAUCUUCAAAGAGAAAUUUGCUAAAGCUGUGGGACAGGGAUGUAUUGAAAUUGGAUCACAGCGAUACAAACUUGGAGUCCGAUUGUAUUACCGAGUGAUGGAAUCCAUGCUUAAAUCAGAAGAAGAACGAUUAUCCAUUCAAAAUUUUAGCAAGCUCCUGAAUGACAACAUUUUUCAUAUGUCUUUAUUGGCCUGUGCUCUUGAAGUUGUAAUGGCUACAUAUAGCAGAAGUACAUCUCAGAAUCUUGAUUCUGGAACAGAUUUAUCCUUCCCAUGGAUUCUGAAUGUACUUAAUUUAAAAGCCUUUGAUUUUUACAAAGUGAUUGAGAGUUUUAUCAAAGCAGAAGCCAACUUGACAAGAGAAAUGAUAAAACAUUUAGAAAGAUGUGAACAUCGAAUCAUGGAAUCCCUUGCAUGGCUCUCAGAUUCCCCUUUAUUUGAUCUUAUUAAACAGUCAAAAGAUCGAGAAGGACCAGCUGACCACCUUGAAUCUGCUUGUCCUCUCAACCUUCCUCUUCAAAAUAAUCACACUGCGGCUGAUAUGUAUCUUUCUCCUAUAAGAUCACCAAAGAAAAAAGGUUCAACUACACGUGGAAAUUCCACUGCGAAUGCAGAGACACAAGCAACCUCAGCCUUCCAGACCCAGAGACCAUUGAAAUCUACCUCCCUUUCCCUUUUUUAUAAAAAAGUGUACCGAUUAGCGUACCUCCGACUAAAUACUCUGUGUGCACGCCUUCUGUCUGACCAUCCGGAACUAGAACACAUCAUCUGGACCCUUUUCCAGCACACACUACAGAAUGAGUACGAGCUCAUGAGAGAUAGGCAUUUGGACCAAAUUAUGAUGUGUUCUAUGUAUGGAAUAUGCAAAGUGAAGAACAUAGACCUUAAAUUCAAAAUUAUUGUAACUGCGUACAAAGACCUUCCUCAUGCUGUUCAGGAGACAUUCAAAAGAGUUUUGAUAAGAGAAGACGAGUACGAUUCCAUUAUAGUGUUCUACAAUUCAGUGUUCAUGCAGAGACUGAAAACAAACAUUUUGCAGUAUGCUUCCACGAGGCCUCCUACCUUGUCACCAAUACCUCACAUUCCUCGAAGCCCUUACAAGUUUUCUAGUUCACCCUUACGAAUUCCUGGGGGGAACAUCUAUAUAUCACCCUUGAAGAGUCCGUACAAAAUUUCAGAAGGUUUACCAACGCCAACAAAGAUUACUCCGACAUCAAGAAUCUUAGUGUCAAUUGGUGAAUCAUUUGGGCACUCUGGGAGGCUGAGGAGGAUCAGAAAUACAUGGCCCUGUUGGGGCAGUGUGACUUCUGAGAAGUUCCAGAAAAUAAAUCAGAUGGUAGGUAACAGUGACCGUGUCCUCAAAAGAAGUGCCGAAGGAAGCAACCCCCCUAAACCACUGAAAAAGCUGCGCUUUGACAUCGAAGGAUCAGAUGAAGCGGAUGGAAGUAAACAUCUUCCAGGGGAAUCGAAGUUUCAACAGAAACUAGCAGAAAUGACGUCUACUAGAACACGAAUGCAAAAGCAGAAGAUGAAUGAUAGCAUGGACGCCUCAAACAAGGAGGAACAGUGAUCAUCUCAGGAAUGCGGUGGACACCAGAUUCGUCUCGCUGCACCGUCGCUCGGAGAUACGACUGUGGCAUCCUCCCGGGUCCUGGGUGCAGCCACCUCUAGUAUCUCCAGCUCUUUUUGUAGAAUAAAAUGUGAGACGCACGUUGCAUAUUUGUGUGGGUAAUUCCUAAACUGCUUUCAGGGUCGCAGCCAAUGGUAUAUACAUGUUAUACAAGAUUGAAAAUCUUGUGUAAAUCCUGCCAUUUAAAAAGUUGUACCAGCUGAUGUUUGCAUUUCUAAACGUUCCAGUAAACUGCUGUGCUUUGGGGAUAGUAAAGCAGUCUGGAGGGGAGCCCCGACUCAUUGUGUCUACUUUGCCUUCUUCGUAGCAUACAUGUGAUGUUUGCUCUUGUCUUUAUUAAUUUAUAUGUAUAUUUUUAAUUUAACAUAAAUAUUCUUAGAAACUAUGUUCUGUCUCCCAACUACAGUUUGCUCGUUUACCCAAAUUAUCCUAAACUCUUCUCUUAAAACAGAUUAUUAGAAACUGUGAGAACAAUUACUAAUUUUUACACAUUAGAUUUUAUUUUAGUAUUGGAAUCUGAUGUACUCUGUUUUAAACAUUGCUUGUAAGUGCAAGCAAAAAAUAAAAAUAAAAGUGUAAACAAUACUGUCGUACUACUGACACAGUUUUCAUACCUCAGAACUUGUAAAAACUUAUUCUUUCAUCCAACUCUGCUUUAAAAUGAGGAUUAUUCAUAGUACUCCUGGAUUUUUCCCAUUUGGAUCUCUGAAUUUAUAAGUACCCAUCUAGUACUUGAAAAACUAAAGUGUCUUAUGUGUGAAAAAGAGCUUUGCUGCAGAGGACCCUAUACAGUAUAUCCCAAGUGCACUUUCGAAUGUUUCUGGGUCCUUAAGAAUCAAGACAUAAAUUAAUCUGCCUUCCUAAAUUUGGGAAGAUUUGUGUUUUCUCUGGAGUGGUACAUGUCUUCCAUGUAUGUUUUGAACUGGCAGUUGCCUAUUUAUCUUCUAUUUUAAGUGGGUGUGGUCUAACACUGGCACGUUCAAAGCCACCUUAUUUUUAGUUCAACAUUGCAAAUAGGCAACAGUCUUUGUAAGUUAGGCAUUAAUGUUUCUCAGUUUGAGCAAAUGCUUCAAUAUAUCCACAUUAGAAGAAGAGACACUUCCCCUCCACCCCUGCACCUAAAGGUGUAAACUAUCUUGUAUGAUUAACUUAUUUAGAGAAUGUAUAAUUUAAAAUAGGUGAUAUUUAAGGUAGUAUCAGGUAGCAUUUAGGAAAAUCACUUUGUCUAAACUUGGAGGUCUUUUUAAAAAGAAAUCUGGCCUCGUUUGGAAGGAAAAAUAUUCCUACCAAAUUUCUACCACUAGCAUAGCUUCUCAGUUGAGUUUCAGACACACUCUUUUGACAGUUAUCUUAACAAAAGCAACGGAAAGCUUGACCCUUCUUCAUUACCUUUUGCAUGGUAUACAGAUCAGUCGUUGUUAGGGAAGGGCACACCACACUUCUGGGGUUUUUGCUGAUUAGUUCACAUCAGAAAUAGUGACAGUUUUAGGAAUUUCAGGUAUCAUGUAUUCCGAUUUCUUAAGGCUUCAAAUAAUACUCUAUUGUUUUUUGUACUGGUUAAAACUGUACAUUUAAAAUUGCUAUGUUACUAUUUUCUACAAUUAAUAGUUUGUCUAUUUUAAAAUAAACUAGUUAAAGAGU